GCGCUGAGUCACAGCAGAUUGACUCGCCCGCCGCUUCCAGAGGCGGAGGUGACAGCGGCCCGGGACGAGCGGCCGCAACUGCCUCCCGCGUCGCCGCGCCAAGGGACCGCCGGGCGGCGGAGAGCAGGAUCACUCCAGCUGCUGGGCAAGAAUAGACAGAAGCGGGACAAGGGGCUUCCCUUCCAUACUAGCUGUGGGACCAUACUCCCGAAUUUUAAGAUGCUGAGUAGUAUGAAACAUUUCCAUGGGGAGGCCAGGAGAUUGCAUAUGAAGAGGCUCUAAAAGUAAAUAGCUUCAAGUGACCUGAAAACUUGAUGCCACUGACAACGCCUGUAGCUGAAUCACUCCAAAUCGAGAGCUUACAAAACAUGGAGGCUGGCUCUGUGGUUCGAGCCAUCUUUGACUUCUGCCCUAGUGUCUCAGAAGAACUGCCUCUCUUUGUGGGAGAUAUUAUUGAGGUGUUGGCAGUGGUGGAUGAAUUUUGGCUUCUGGGAAAGAAAGAGGAUAUUACAGGACAGUUCCCCAGUAGUUUUGUGGAAAUUGUGACCAUUCCCAGUCUAAAAGAGGGAGAGAGACUGUUUGUCUGUGUCUGUGAAUUUACAUCCCAAGAAUCGAACAGUCUUUCCCUCCAUCGAGGUGACCUAGUGAUUCUUGAUGGCGCUCCUACUGCCGGCUGGCUGCCGGGCCGAAGCUGCUGGGGUGCCCGGGGCUUCUUCCCAUCCUCCUGUGUUCGGGAGCUCUGCCUCUCCUCACAGAGCCGGCAGUGGCACUCACAGAGUACCCUGCUCCAGAUUCCUGACUAUUCCAUGGGACAAGCCCGGGCACUGAUGGGGCUUUCUGCUCAGCUGGAUGAGGAGCUGGACUUCAGAGAAGGGGAUGUGAUUACCAUCAUUGGAGUUCCUGAGCCGGGCUGGUUUGAAGGGGAACUAGAGGGUCGAAGAGGCAUUUUUCCAGAAGGUUUUGUAGAGCUUUUGGGGCCUCUGAGGACUGUGGAUGAGUCAAUAAGGUCUGGAGAUCGCAAUGACUGCAUUAUUAAUGGUGAAGUCGAUACCCCUACAGGAGAAGAAGAGAGGAGCCCAGAAGAGGAGGAUGAGCAACCAGGGACCUACGGAAUUGCUCUUUACAGAUUCCAAGCCCUGGAGCCGAAUGAGUUGGAUUUUGAGGUAGGCGAUAAAAUCCGGAUUCUGGGGACCCUGGAAGAUGGCUGGCUGGAAGGAUCACUGAAGGGCAGGACAGGCAUCUUUCCUUACCGGUUCGUAAAGUUAUGUCCUGCAACAAGGGUGGAGGAAACCAUGGACCUGCCACAAGAAAGCAGCCUUACCAAGGUCCCUGAAACAUCUUUGGAAUGCUCAGAGAAUUCCUUAGUAGUGGAGGAAAAAGGACAUGAAUCUCAUGAGUAUAAAGCAGAGAAGUCCAACUGUGUUAUUUCUGAAACAUCCACUUCUUCCCUGGAUCAUCUGACCUCUGCGUGUGAAGUAAACAAAGUCUCUCAUCGGGAUGAGGGCACCUUUGGAGAGCCUCCAAGAAGCCCAGGCAUGGGGCACGAACAGCCUCUUGCCAAAGACUCUUCCACGAAGGAUCCUUCCCAGGUAGUCAAUGGUGUUUCCUCCCAACCCCAUGUACCUUUUCAUCCCCAAUUGCAGAAAAAACAGUAUUAUUCUAGAGCAGGAGGGAGCCACCCAAGCUCAGAGCAGUUCUCUGACCCUGUUCCUCUAGAAGCAAGGACUAGAGACUAUUCCAGCCUACCUUCCAGAAGGACAUACUCCCAGCCGAAAACCCUUAAGAAGCCAGUGUCUCCGCUUCACAGCAGCCUUUCUCUAUCAGCCCCUGGGGUGGUCAGACCUAGUCAGUUGAGCCCUCAGCUCCAGGGCAUGGCAAGAUGUGCUAAAAAGCACCAUACACUCAAAGAAAAAAAUGCUUCCUGCUUUUGUUCUGCCUCGGAGAGAUCGGAGAUGAAGUCUGGUCUGCAAGACAAGGCACCCUCCAUGGAAGCAGUGGCACUUCCCCAGGGAGAGGGCAACAUUGACCUGGAUUUGAAGUUGACACAACAGCUGAUAGAGUUUGAGAAGAGCUUGUCAGGGCCUGGCACAGAACCAGAUAAAAUUUUACGCCACUUUUCAAUCAUGGACUUUAGCUCUGAGAAGGAUAUUGUUCGGGGUUCCUCAAAGCUUAUCUCCCAACAGGAGCUGCCUGAGAGGAGAAAAGCCCUAAGGCCACCGCCACCCCGUCCCUGUACGUCAGUGUCCCCUUCUUCCCAUUUGCUGGUGGACCGGAGCCUGAAACCUGAACCACCCUUGGCAGUGCGACCCUCUCGCCCAGCUCCCCUGCCUCCCUCGGCACAGCAGAGAAUGAAUGUGAUACCCUCCAAGCUCCAAACCUCUAACCAUCCUAGCUGUGAGACCCUAGAAAAGGAGGCCCCUGAGAGUAUGGAAAAAACUUUGGACCAAACUUCUCAGUGUCCCUUAGUAUUGGCGAGGAUUCAGGAAGUGGAACAAGACUUGGAAAUGUAUAGCAGAGCUCAAGAAGAGCUAAACUUAAUGCUACAGGAGAAGCAAGAGGAACCAUUAAGGGCAGAGACCCUUGAGAAUCUUGAGUUUUAUGAGAUCAACAUUGAAAGUUUGAAUAUGGAACUCCAGCAACUUAGAGAAAUGACACUCCUCUCCUCUCAGUCGUCAUCACCUGUGUCCCCUUCUGGGUCUGUGUCCACUGAAAACCCAGAGCACAGGAUGCUGGAGAAGAGAGCCAAGGUGGUAGAAGAACUUCAUCAGACGGAACGAGACUACAUUCGGGAUCUGGAGAUGUGUAUUGAGCGGAUCAUGGUACCGCUGCAGCAGGCGCAGAUACCAAACAUUGAUUUUGAGAGUCUUUUUGGAAACAUGCAGAUGGUGAUUAAGGUCGCAAAGCAGUUAUUGGCAGAUCUGGAAACCAGCGAUGCUGUAGGACCUGUGUUUCUUGAUCACCGGGAUGAGCUUGAGGGAACAUACAAGGUUUACUGCCAGAAUCAUGAUGAGGCCAUCUCACUGCUGGAAAUCUAUGAGAAGGAUGAGAAGAUCCAGAAGCAUCUUCAGGACUCCUUGGCAGAUCUUAAGAGCCUGUACAACGAAUGGGGAUGCACAAACUAUAUUAACCUGGGCUCCUUCCUCAUCAAACCGGUGCAGAGAGUAAUGCGUUACCCGCUGCUGCUAAUGGAGUUGCUGAAUUCCACCCCAGAAUCCCACCCAGACAAAGUGCCUUUGACCAACGCAGUCUUGGCAGUCAAGGAAAUCAACGUGAACAUUAAUGAAUAUAAACGUCGAAAGGACCUGGUCCUCAAGUACCGGAAGGGCGAUGAAGAUAGUCUCAUGGAGAAGAUUUCCAAACUGAACAUCCACUCCAUCAUCAAGAAGUCCAACCGCGUUAGCAGUCACCUGAAGCACCUCACUGGCUUUGCUCCACAGAUAAAAGAUGAAGUAUUUGAAGAAACAGAAAAGAACUUCCGGAUGCAAGAAAGACUGAUCAAAUCUUUUAUCCGAGACUUGUCUCUCUACCUCCAGCAUAUCCGGGAAUCGGCAUGUGUGAAAGUGGUGGCUGCCGUGAGCAUGUGGGAUGUGUGCAUGGAGAAGGGACACAAAGACUUGGAACAGUUUGAGAAGGUGCAUCGCUACGUCAGUGAUCAGCUCUUCACAAAUUUUAAGGAGAGGACGGAGCGGCUUGUCAUCUCUCCCCUAAAUCAGUUACUGAGCAUGUUUACAGGGCCCCACAAGCUGGUACAGAAGCGCUUCGACAAGCUCCUGGACUUCUGUAACUGUACAGAACGGGCGGAGAAGCUAAAGGACAAGAAGACUCUGGAGGAGCUGCAGUCGGCCCGGAACAACUACGAGGCCCUGAACGCCCAGCUGCUGGACGAGCUGCCCAAGUUCCAGCAGCUCGCCCAGGGCCUCUUCACCAACUGCAUCCACGGCUAUGCCGAGGCCCACUGUGACUUCGUGCGCCAGGCUCUGGAGCAGCUGAAGCCACUGCUCUCAUUACUGAAAGCUGCCGGCAGAGAAGGAAACCUUAUCGCCAUCUUCCAUGAAGAGCACAGCAGAGUUCUGCAGCAGCUCCAGGUUUUCACCUUCUUCCCAGAGACUCUGCCAGCUACCAAGAGGCCAUUUGAGAGGAAAACCAUGGACCACCAGUCUGCCCGAAAGCCACUCCUGGGCCUGCCAAGUUACAUGCUGCAGUCAGAAGAACUCCGGGCCUCCCUUCUGGCAAGGUAUCCCCCAGAAAAACUCUUCCAAGCAGAACGGAACUUCAAUGCUGCCCAAGACCUGGAUGUCUCACUUCUGGAAGGUGAUCUGGUGGGUGUGAUCAAAAAGAAGGAUCCCAUGGGCAGUCAGAACCGCUGGCUGAUUGACAACGGAGUCACCAAAGGUUUUGUGUACAGCUCCUUCCUGAGGCCCUACAAUGCCCGUCGCAGCCACUCGGACAUGUCUGUUGGCAGCCACUCAUCUACUGAGUCAGAGCACAGCGCUUCGUCCCCCAGGUUCCCACGGCAGAACAGCAGCAGCACCUUGACCUUCAACCCCAGCAGCAUGGCUGUGUCCUUUACCUCAGGGCCUUGCCGGAAACAACCUCACGAUGCAUCUUCAUUGAAGGAACUGGACCAGGGAGCUCUCAGUGCCUCCUUAAACUUGGGCAGUUCAGAGAGCAGUCCUUCCAGCUGCCCUGCAGACCCACAUUCCACCUCUCAGGCCAGGCCCUGGGACUCCGCAGAUGCAGCCCAAGACAUUGAGCAGCCCGCCCCCACCCUGAGGAGCUCCCGAAACCCCAGGCAUCUAGAAAUGGCUGGUUGCGCCAUACCAGGGCGAAACGGGCAGGGGAAAGACCUCGUCAAAGGAUGUGCAAGAACAGCCCAGUCUCUGGAAGACAAAACCGAGGAGCCAGAGGGCAGUGAGGCAGAAGGCAACCAGGUCUAUUUUGCUAUUUAUACCUUCAAGGCACGGAACCCGAAUGAACUGAGUGUGUCAGCCAACCAGAGACUCAAGAUCCUAGAAUUUAAAGAUGUUACGGGAAAUACAGAGUGGUGGUUAGCCGAAGUCAAUGGGAAGAAGGGCUAUGUUCCAUCCAAUUAUAUUCGCAAAACUGAAUACACCUGAACCUGCUCUGCCUCCCACUCAACCUUGCUGCCCUCACUUCCUUCUGCUGAAGGGUUCUGGUGGUCCAUGGAGAGGGCACCAGCUCUGGACACACAGACCCUGUCCGCAUUGCUUAACCAAGCCACAGUGGGCACAAGAUAAGUCCUGUUCUCCUCAAUUGGGUUGUCAACCCUGAUGCUCACUAGAAUUUCUAGAAUUUGAAAUGGACCCAGGGGCUUGAAAAUAAUUCAGUGACCAUGAGAAGAGAGGCUAGUCCCCGGGUCAGCCUAUGGAAAUGAGAAAUUUCCAGUCAGAAGACCAGCAUCCCAUGAAUGCUGGAAGCUGUGCGAUAGCAUUAGAAGAUGUUGUCGUUGGUUGUACCAUACUGAGUUUGGCAUGGUCCCAUGCUCCACAAUCAGAAACCAACUGGGAUGACGAGAAUUCUCCGGAAGCCCUUUUAGGCUAUGCCUCUGUCUGUGGCAAGAGUUUGUUAGGAUGGUACCAAUUUUGGUAUUUCAAAGCUUCAGUGUUAUGUUUACACACACACACACCCACCCCACUUUCUAAAAGUCUUUGAAACACUACCAUCUGUAAUCUUUUUCUUAUUUCACUUCAUUUCCAGAUUGGUUUGGUUAUGCAAAAUUCAGCUGCUUUCUUUUCUCCUUUUGAAAAGCAUGUAGGGUGUUUAUUUCCCUUCAGCCUUCAUCUGAAAGGUUCUCUUCCUUUUUAGGUGUAGUCACCUUCACCUUCCUCUGACUGUCAUCUCUGCUUUACACAAUCUGUGCGUGAUAAUCUCUCCUGAUGCUCUCCCCUGCAACCCCAAAACCAGUAGGUUUUUCUGGGAGAACAGGAUCAGAGCUCCAGCCAUUCCAUUAAAAGGAUUCAGGCUACAGUGAGCUGAAUCCAGCCCAGCCUGGUGGAAGACUGGAUGCCUUUCUCCUCCAUCCGAGCAUACUACUAUCCACAGAUGCAGAAAACAUAACCCAUGUGUCUUUGAAUUAGGAUCUGCAGUCCCCACAGUAGCUUAUCCUAGACUUGGAAAUCAGCAUUUUCUGUUUCACCUCUAAUCUCCACACUUCAGAGACUACAGUCUAAGCCAAACAUUCUAAAGUGCCUGAUUACAGUAGGUUCCAUGGUGUAAUGGUUGGCACUCUGGAGACUAAAGUGCCUGGUCAGACCUUUCUCCGGCCUCAGGAGGAGAUUUGCUAAUCCUCACAGGAAGACUCUCCCUGUGUCUGUCGGUCGGUCAGAAGGCAGCAAUGAGAGCCUCUUGUGAAUAGUGUUUAUAUUUAGAGGUGUUUAUAUUGAAGUAGUUAUUUUAUAAAUAAAAGCAUUUCU